ACCAGGUGGUCUGGAAACAACUUGAGAAAGGAGGAGGCCAUUCACUAGCCUGUUUUAGCUACACACACCUAGCUACUGUUAGCUAGCCGGCGGCUAACGAGCAAGCUAAAACAUCAGUUUGUCUUAAUGUCGCCUGUCUUACUAAGUGAUGGCAAGAGAACAGUGUUCGCAGACCGAAGCUGAACUGUAUUACCUCAUUGCCAGAUUUCUGCAGUUUGGACCGUGUAAAAAAGCAGCACAGAUUCUGAUUGAGGAGCUGGAGGAGUAUGAGUUAGUCCCUCAGCGAUGGAGUUGGGACGGGCAGAAAUACAAACGGACCUUCCAAGACUGGGUGAUUUUGAACCAGCACAUUCCUGCAGACUAUCUGCUCCGCGUUUGUCAGCGAAUAGGCCCACUUAUAGAGAAGGAGAUCCCACCUAGUGUUCCUGGAGUCCAAACACUUCUGGGGCUGGGAAGACAGUCCUUGCUUCGUACCACCAAAAGUCACAGCCACAAAGUAUGCAGUGGCUCAGCUGUUGCUGCACUCCACCGAGGACGUCCACCAGAACCCCCCGUCAUCAAUGGAAAUGCUCCCAAUGUUGUGUCAAUCAUGGGUGCUCGUCAGGCCACAGGCACAGCUCGUUUUGGCCAGGCCCUGCCGUCUUCCUCCUACCAACACAUGAAGAUACACAAACGUAUCCUUGGCCACCUUUCCUCAGUCUACUGUGUAGCAUUUGACCGCACCGGUCGUCGGAUAUUUACGGGUUCAGAUGACUGCCUGGUGAAAAUCUGGGCCACAGAUGAUGGCCGGCUCCUGGCAACACUCCGGGGCCACUCAGCAGAGAUCUGUGACAUGGCCGUCAAUCACGAGAAUACUCUCAUUGCCUCGGCCAGCUGUGAUAAAGUCAUCAGAGUGUGGUGCCUACGUACCUGUGCACCCAUCACUGUUCUGCAGGCCCAUGCUGCCUCCAUCACAUCCAUACAAUUUUGUCCUGCUGUCAAAGGAACAACGCGGUACCUGGCCUCCACAGGUGCAGACGGCAUGGUGUGUUUCUGGAAGUGGCACUCACUCAGCAUGAAAUUCAAUGAUCUACCAGUCAAGUUUGUUGAGCGGUCACGUCCAGGAGUACAGGUCUCCACUUCCUCAUUCAGCAGUGGUGGUAUGUUCAUGGCUACCGGUGGCACUGAUCACAUGAUCAGGGUUUAUUACCUAGGUGCUGAAACUCCUAUGAAGGUUUCUGAGAUGGAUGCUCACAGUGAUAAGGUUGUAGUCGUCCAGUUUAGCAAUAACAGUGACAGCCUAAGGUUUGUGAGUGGCAGUCGUGAUGGCACAGCCAGAAUCUGGCAUUACCAGCAACAAGAGUGGAAGAGCGUCACUUUAGACAUGGCUGCCAGGCUUCCUGGGAGCACUGUUGCCAAUGGGGAUGAUAAAACCAAGCUGGUGGUGACCAUGGUGGCGUGGGACCGUGCAGAUAGCACAGUCAUCACCGCAGUGUCAAACUACCUGCUCAAAGUGUGGAGCACAACCUCUGGACAGCUGCUUCAUGUUUUAUCUGGUCAUGAUGAUGAGGUGUUUGUGCUGGAGGCUCACCCAUUUGACUCCCGUAUCAUGCUAUCUGCCGGCCACGAUGGCAACAUUUACAUCUGGGACCUGACCAAAGGAGCCAAGAUCCGCAACUUCUUCAACAUGAUUGAAGGGCAAGGCCAUGGUGCUAUUUUUGACUGCAAGUUCUCAGCUGAUGGACAGCAUUUUGCCUGCACUGACUCUCACGGCCAUUUGCUAAUCUUCGGCUUCGGCUGCAGCAGACCAUACGAGAAGAUUCCUGACCAGAUGUUCUUUCACACCGACUACCGACCUCUUAUUCGGGACUCUAAUAACUACGUCCUGGACGAGCAGACACAGCAGGCCCCUCACCUCAUGCCUCCACCCUUUCUGGUGGAUGUUGAUGGGAAUCCUCACCCUCCUCACUACCAGCGCCUGGUGCCAGGAAGAGAGAAUUGCAAGGAGGAUCAGCUUAUACCCCAGCUAGGAUACAUGGCUAACAGUGAUGGAGAGUUGGUUGAGCAGGUACUUGGCCAGCAAACGGCAGAAAACGGAGAAAGCCUGUUGGACAAUCUCAUCAGACAGUUGCAGAAUGAGCAGGAUGAGCGUCAGAACACAGAACAGCAGGCUGAAGAGGCAGUGGCUGGUGAUAGAGCAGAAGAGGUGGCCUCCUCCCCUACGGUUGGACCACGCAGAACUGGGCAGGUGGCCGGGGUGUGGCAGAUGCAGCAUAACGCCCUGCGUAGUCAAGUUGCCACCGAGAGGGACCUGGUGGCCUGGAGCCGCAGGGUGGUGGUCAAUGAAGUGCCGCAAGGGAUAUUCAGAGUUUUGGAGGAGUGUAGACAAGCCAAAGGCGACAUGGAAUGUUCUCUAUACCAUGCCGAGAGGAGGAAGAAACCAGUAACCUGCGUACCCAAGAGCGAUCAACUUACUUCACGCCUCCGCUCCCUACGGCCAACCAAGAAGAAGCAGCAGCGCCAUGCCUAUCAGACCCGCUCAGCUCAAGUCCGCCGUCCUGGGAGCAGGAGUCGAAAUCCCAGCAACCGACGUAACUCUGACAGCCAAGUAGACUCUGACAGCGAUGGAGAUGCAGCCGAACAGGUGGAGCAAAGCGAUGCCUCCUCCGAUGGUGAAGCUCAGUGGCAGAGUGAAAGCAGCUCCAGCGACUCCUCCAGUGAAUAUUCUGAUUGGACAGCCGAUGCUGGCAUCAACCUCCAGCCGCCGAAGCGACCAACCAGGAGGCCCGCACCGCCCCCAGGUUACAGCAGCUCUGAGGAGGAAGAAGGCGAUGACAAGGUAAAGGAGGCCAAGAAGAGGGAAAAUGACAAGAGGAAGAAGCCCAAGGAGACCAAACAGAAACCCACAUCAUCUCUGUCUGGACUCGAUGCGGAGGAGUGGCUGCCACCAUCAUGGAUAAUGGAGACCAUUCCACGCCGCUCUCCUUUCGUUCCACAAAUGGGAGAUGAGCUCAUCUAUUUCAAACAGGGCCAUCAGGCCUAUGUCCGGGCUGUCCGCAGGGCCAAGGCCUACAGCAUCAACCCUCAGAAACAGCCGUGGAACAGACUCAACCUCAGGGACCAGGAAUCUGUAAAGGUGGUUGGAAUUAAAUAUGAAGUGGGACCUCCCACCCUCUGCUGCCUAAAACUGGCUUUCUUGGACCCAGUCUCAGGGAAGAUGACCAAUGAGUCUUUCUCUUUAAAGUACCAUGACAUGCCUGAUGUCAUAGAUUUUCUGGUACUGCAGCAGUUUUACAAUGAGGCUAAAGAGCACAACUGGCAACCAGGUAUGAGGUUCCGCAGCAUCAUUGAUGACGCCUGGUGGUUUGGCUCUGUGGAGGAUCAGGAGCCUCUGCAGCUAGAGUAUCCUGAUAGCUUGUUUCAGUGCUAUGCAGUAAAGUGGGAUAAUGGUGAGCGGGAGAGGAUGAGUCCCUGGGACAUGGAGCCUAUUCCUGAGGAAGCUGCAUUGCCAGAACAGGUUGGUGAUGGGGUGGAAGUGGCAGAGGAGGAGCUAAAGGCUCUGCUCUACAGGCCUCAGGAAGGAGAAUGGGGGGCUCACACACGGGAUGAGGACUGUGAGAGAGUCAUCCAUGGCAUCGAUCAGCUUCUUACACUGGAUGUAGCCAAGGCAUUUGCAUUACCAGUAAAUCUGAGGGACUACCCUCUGUACUGCACUGUGGUGGCUUACCCCACCGACCUCAGCACUAUCCGCAAACGACUGGAGAACCGCUUCUACAGGCGGAUCUCUGCAUUAAUGUGGGAGGUGCGCUACAUUGAACACAAUGCCCGCACUUUCAACGAACCCCAGAGCCCCAUUGUAGCAGCUGCCAAGGUGGUGACUGACGUUCUCCUACACUACAUUGGGGACCAGAGCUGCACAGACAUCUUGGAUCUGUAUCACAGACUGAAGUGUGAGAUCAGCAGUGGAGGAGAAGCUGAGGCUGAGUUGGAUGUUGACUCUGACACUCCAGGGACAUCUACAGGACAUCGGGGAGCCAACCCGAAUUCUACCAAGCGUGGUGUGGUUUUGGAUGUGAAAGCAUGGCGAGGUCAAUGUCGAGAGCUCCUGCGUCGAAUGAUAGUCUCCCCAGAUUCAGAACCGUUCAGACAGCCUGUGGAUCUCUUUGAGUAUCCGGACUAUCGGGACAUCAUUGACACUCCCAUGGAUCUGUGUACAGUGUCAGAGACGCUGGUUGCGGGGAAUUAUGAAAACCCAAUGGAGUUUGCCAAAGACAUCCGCCUUAUUUUCAGCAACUCUAAAGCAUAUACACCUAACAAGAAAUCACAGAUCUAUAGCAUGACCCUCAGCUUGUCGGCCUUCUUUGAAAAACACAUCAUCGCCGUCAUCUCUGACUACAAGUCUGCCCUUCAGAAUGAACGGCGGGCUCGUCAGAGGCUCAGUUACAGGACCAGAUUGCAUAACGGAGGCAGUUCCCCGCCUAUUAGUCCAUCCCCCAGCCCCAAAGGGAAGCACAAGUCAGGGAAGGUGUCAAAGCCAAAAAAAUCCCAGACCUCAUCGAGGAAUCGUUCUCAGAGACCAUAUCAGGCUCAACAAAGCAGCAGUGUAGCAAAGGAAGAGGACAUCCAGCCUUCUUCCCCAAGUUCAGGGACGAGCAGCGAGAGCAGAAACCAAGAGCUGCAUCGUGUGACCCGCAGCCAAGCAACUCCAGUGAGGAAGUCAGGGCACCAGAGUAAUUUGCAUCUGAGCAACGGCUCCAGACAGCGUCCUGGGCGAGAAGCGCUGCAGUCUGACAAUGACGAGGAGGUGUCCGGAUCCAACAGCUCCUCGUCAGAGUCAUCUUCCACCUCAUCGUCAUCCUCUUCCUCUUCAUCGUCGGACAGCGAGAACAGCUCUGAUUCUGAGGGAGAGAAGUAUGUGGAAGGGGGAGAUCACGACUACAGUAAAGCCCCCUGCCUGUCAGUACGCUUAUCAGCUAAAGGUAAGGCUGUGGCCUCAGGGAAAAGGAGACACAAAGGAGGAGAGGACGUGGCACAGAGACCUAAAAGAGCACGAGUGCAGCUGCCAAUAGAGGAGGAGGAUGAGGAAGAUGAGGAGGAUGAAGAAGAGGAGGAGGAGGAGGAGCAGGAGCAGCAGCAACAGGUGGAUGUGGGACAAGAAGAGGAGGAGGGAGAAGAGGAGGAUGAGGAGGAGCCCGAGGAGGAGGAACCUGAGGAGGAGGAGGAUGAUGAUGAGGAGGAGGAGGAGGAUGAUGACGAGGAGGAGGAGGAGGAGGAUGAGGACAAUUCUGAUGAGUUGCAGAGUGGGGCUGCAAAAGCAGCGGCGGCAGCAGCGGCAGCAGCAGUAGUAGCCGCUAGCAGUCCGAGAGGCAACCAGUGUAAGUCUCGGCGGGUCAACACACGCAACCAGGGCCGCAGGACAGUUCUGUACAGGGACGACUCAGAGGAUGAUGGCCAUGGGUCGAAAGAAGACCCCCUCAACCUGGGCAUGUCCCGCUCAGGACGGGUACGCCGUAUGACUGAGAAAGCCCGUGUCAGCCACCUCAUGGGCUGGAGUCACUGACAUGUCGGCCUUUUUCAAACCUCAAUACAAAACAUGAGUAAUACUUCAGGGAUUUUUUUCUUUC